AUGGCCCCCUUUGGCAGCACCGACUCGAUGGACUUCUUCAACGACCUGCCGCCCCUGGAGGAGGCCCCCAAGUCGACCGCCGCGCAGUCUCUGUUCGAGGGGCUGGCCAGCCUGAAGCAGAGCCGCGUGCUCUACCGUCUGGCCCUGGUGGACACAGAGACGGGCAGGCCCCUGGGCUACGCCUCGGACAAUGACUUGGAGCGCCUGGCCAGCGGUAGCAAGCCGGCAGUCCCCUCCCCGCCUUCCCCCCGGGCCCAGCUCGCCUCCCAUCAGCAGCAUCUGGCAGCGGCGGAGCAGCAGGCCAAGGAGCCCUCCUUCCAGACGCUGCUGGCGGAGACUCACAAGACGGGAGGCCCGGUGUGCUCGCACUGCGGCGCAACCGAGAGCCCCCAGUGGCGCCGCGGCCCGCCCAACAAGGCAAUCCUCUGCAACGCUUGCGGCACGCGCUACAGGCGCACCAACCAGCUUGGCUCCGCGGUGCCUUCCACCCAGCGCAAGCGCGGCGCGCAGCACUGCGGCAGCGAGGUGGCCAAGGCAGCUGGGCACCCGCCCAAGCAGCCGCGCGUGGUGGCGUGA